CACAUUUCGGAUAGAUGUAUUUAUUUUAAUUUUAAGAUUAUUUAUUUAAUUAAACAGACAAGUUCAAUGCAAUCCCGACAUUGAAUUCACGUACUGGUUUUCAAUAUGGAAUUCCAUUAUUCCGAGCUCUCUAUGCCAACGAAACACCUAAUGCCUGAAUUCCCUCAGCCGUUUGUGGUAAAAAAAGAAGCAGAGUAUGAACUCCGUGCUGGUGUAUUGGCAGAUGGAGGGGACCGUUUUGGAGUCUCCUCUGUCAUUUUUGAUAAGCAUGAAGAACUGAUAUGGAUGGGGAACCAAGGCGGUCAUGUCACAUCGUACUAUGGACCACGCAUGCAAAAAUACACAUCAUUCCAAAUUCAUGCAUCUGAGGAAGUGAGGGAUAUUUUAACUUUGGAAGAAGGCAUCUAUUGUCUGACUAAAAGCUCACUUCGUCACCAAAUACGCAGGGGAAUACCAAGGCACACUUAUAAAUCACCUAAUAUGGAGGAUAUGCAAUGCUUGUUCCAAGUUGACACGCACAAGGUACUGAUGGGCGGUCAUCAAGAUAAACUUCUGGAGCUCGACUUAAACAAGUGGGUGGAGAAUGUAAUUAAUGUUCCAGAAGAUGGUUGCGCAGUGUUACGCAGCGGCGGUGGCUCGGUGGUUGCGUGUGGAAGCGCCAACGGAAUGAUAACGCUGAGGGAUAUACGAUGCCCCGGCAGUGUGGAACAGUCGUUCAGGGCCCACACCGCUUGCCUCUCCGACUUGGACAUGCAGGGAGAUAUGCUGAUCACGUGCGGUUUCACGCAAUCGUCAUCAUCCUCGCCGGUCGCUGAGCCGUAUGUGGUGGUUUGGGACGUGCGCUGCGUACGCGGGUCGUCACUACGGCAGAUCCCCACCGUGUCACCACCGCAACUGCUACACUUUGUGCCCGCCGUGUCAGGCCGCGCGGUGGCCGUGGCCAGCGAUGGUCACGUCACUGUGUUGGACGUUAACGACGCCCUCAAGCCCGAGUCGCAGUCCGUUUUCAAGAUGGAGACCCAUAAUUCCCAAUGUAGCGUGAUGGAUGUCUCAUCAACGAGCCAAGCUCUUGCUUUCGGGGAUCUCGGCGGGCACAUCCAAAUGUUUUCGGCCAAGCAAAACCUUGAGCCUGCAUAUAACAGCUUUUCCAGGGCUACCGAAUUUGCUGAUCCGCUGCCAAAUCUGCCAUCAGGAAGUUUUAACGACAACAACUUUCGAUUCUCGUCCAUUCCUAAGCCACCUCUUACAACUGGCACCAAGUGGUUCAGCGAAUUGCCUCCGCAAUUCUAUAGGACGACUUACAGGGAACCAAAACCCAUUGAUCCCGAAAUCCUGAAGACGAUGAAAAUGCAGGGCCCUAUCGGGUAUGCACCGAAUCCGGGAACCUUUAGGCGCAAUCAGAUGCCGUAUGUCGAAGAGGACUUGAAGACUGUUGCCCAGACCGAAGCCUCGACUGAAGCCCCGAAGCCUCAUCCCAACAGUAUGGCUAUUCAGCCGAUACCUAAACAUUAUCUCAAGAUCGACCUUCGCUUUAAAAUGCCGAGAUCCCACGACAAUAUUGACGUGUUGAACAAAGCUGGAUAUCCCGGGCUGGAGUUUACUUUGCCAAAUUCGUACUGCAAUGCUAUGCUGCAGGUACUUUAUCACAUUCCGGCGGUGAAGGCAAUAUUGUUGGCCCAUACGUGUGCCAAGGAGUCUUGUCUAAGCUGUGAACUAGGAUUCCUGUUUCGCAUGCUAGACACUUCAGGUGGGGUGCCUUGUCAAGCUGACAAUUUCCUUCGCGCAUUCCGUACAGUGCCUGAAGCCGCUGCUCUAGGUCUUAUUAUGCCCGAAAGUGGGAUUGAUAACCAAGCCGAUCUAAUCACUCUUAUACAGAGCUGGAACCGCUUUAUGCUUCAGCAAAUUCAUUCUGAAAUACUUGAGGCACGCAAAAAGGAGAAAGAGAUGACAUUGAUAACUCAACCCACUAGCCCAAUAAAGCAACCAGCAAAUAAACUCGUUAACGGCCAGUACAAUGAGUAUAAGUAUACAGAAAUUAAGUACAUGGGCCCGCCGGUAUGUGAUGAUGAAGCUCUGGACGCCGUGGCCAAAAAUCAUGAUGAGGGUCCCAUAGAGACCAACCACGAGCAACCUGAAAACAAUGAUCUGAAAAACAAUGUCUCCAAGACUGAUGAUGAGGAGUCUGAUAUAUCUAAGCUGUUUGCUAUAGGCCGCCAGCAAGUGAACCGUUGCACUAAAUGUAACAAGGAGGAAGAACGCGAAUCAGUAGUAUUGGCGUGCGCGCUACAGUACGUAGCGAACACAGAGGGUGAAAAGGGGGGUUUCUUAGAGCUAGUGCGAGCGUCACUUGCGUCGCGCCGCUCCACGCCCGCCUGGUGCGAACAUUGCGCAAGGUUCACCCACACCCUACAAAGAGGCAGGAUAAUCAGAUUGCCACCUAUUCUGGCAAUAAAUUGCGGUGGUGUCACUGCACAGGAGAAGGCCUAUUGGACUAAAGGUGUCCAAAGAGAUAUGCCUGAAGCUGUGAGAAGAGGUAGCAGCAGUAAACCAUGUCGUUACGGGUUACAUUGUGCCCGACCUGGAUGCAGAUUCAAGCAUCCAGAACGGCCCUCAUCGGUGCAUCAGAAUUCCUUAAAUAAUACGUCACAAGAAAGUUAUUGCGUUUUACCACACCAAUUGCACAUUCGAUUGCAGGCUGACGGCGAAGUUAUUAUAAAUGAUAAGACUGAAAAUUCUCCAACGGAGCCUAGAUUCGACUUCACCAUACCAAGAAAGAAACCACCAAACAUUAAACUCGAAAAAGAAUACACUUUAUCGUCGGUGGUCGUGUGCGUAGAAGACAAUCCCAAGAAUCUGGUCGCGUAUGUGAGGAUACCAAACACGGAUGACGAAUCAAGAUGGUUUCUGUUCAAUGAUUUGAGCAUCGUCCCGGUGAGUCCAGACGAGGUGGUGCAGUUCAGCAGCUGGUGGAAAAGUCCGUGCGUUUUGUUCUACAUGAGCGCGCAGGUGGUGGAAUCGGCGGGCGACUACUCAUAGCCGACGUGCCCGUAUGGGCCUUGCGAUCUACGCCAGGGCCCAUACGUAUUGAACGGUACCUAUGAAUUACCGACCGAAGAAAUCUGCAGCCUGCGAUGAGUAUGAUAAGUCUGAGAGAAAAAUAAACUAAAGUACGAAUAAUGUUAUGAAUUUUCCACGAAUUAGAUUUAAGCAAGUCCUUAUUUAUAUUUUUGGCAAAGUGGAGUGGUAUUCGAAGUACGCUUUACUUAAACUGAAACCCAUUUUUGAAAAUUUUAAUUAAUCUUAUACCGACAUCCCUUCUAAUAUUAUUAAUGUGAAAGUAACAUACUUUGGCAAACAUGUACGCAAACCGCUACUUUGCGCCUAUAGUCUGGUAUAUUACGUCACUAGCAUGUCGAGGUCAUCGGUGAAGUGAACCCUAUAAGUUUUUCUCCUACCAAAUAUCACUCAACGGGCCUAAAGAAGUUUGCAAUUUCUUGUCAUUUUGUAUAUAUUUUAUGUUUCGGAUCAAUCUUUACAAUGAAAAUCGAUUUUAAUAAAAUAUAAUUUCAAAUUGGUGCACUAGUUUAAAACGCACUUAAUUUUUCGAGCUACCCCACUUUGCUAAAACUUACCUCUGUAGCGAAACGGUCGAAGGAACAUAUUUGAAUUAUUUCCAGCGCUGCCGGAUGGUUUGGUAUAUAUUUUUAUACAAUGAAUAAAGACUUUUUAUAUAAUAGAGCAAUAUCCUUUUAUACGAAGCUAUAUGCUAUAUUAUGCUAUUUUAUACUUACAACCAAGCGGACGGCAUUCGCCACAACUAUUUUUGAAUAAAUCAUAUUUUUAUUAUAUAGCUAUUGCAUACACUUGCGUGUCGACCACAGUUUAGCAAUCACACGUUGAGCAACGUUUCGGUUGUGUCUCGAGUUGUCUGCGUAAACCUUGUCAUUGAAUGUAAUAAUACAAUUUGAAUAUGUAUGUCUAUGUACCGAGUUGUAUAAAUAAACUUCGACGUCAAAUAAAACAGAUAAAUAUUUUUUAGGAGACCGUAUUCUCUUAUUUUUUUCCAGUCUUAACUUAUUUCCUCGGGGCUUAAGACUAUCUAAUAAAAAAUGCCUGGAAUAAAAAAUGUAUACAAAUGUUGGGGAAAUCAACCACACUUGAUGGUUUGAGAACCUUCUCCUUUAUUUCGGUUGAUAAUUGGUAAUUUUGGCAUCAUGCACGCGUCUCGUGCUAUCUAAAGGUUUUAAUGUCAUGCAAUCGAGGCAAAGUUAGCAUAAUAUUUAUUAAUGAGAGAGUUUGAGACCUAAAUCACGACACUCGUAUCGCUGCAAGAACUGAGGUUAUUCUAUGCCAGUUCAACUGUUUCCUAACUGUAUGAUUGCUAGGCUGUGUGAUCUGAACCGUUUCGCUUCAGGUGGGCUAUAAUAUGUUCCAUUAAUAUAAGGCACAAAAGCGAAGACAUAUAUUUUAAUUAAAUUAUUGAGUAUAGACAAGCUAGUUUUGCGUAGUUUUUGUUGAUUGAUGAUGAUCGUGAAAGUAUUAUAUAUAUAUAUAUAUAUGUAUGCCACGCGUUUUUGUAUAUCAAGUACUUAAAUUAUGUUGUACUGUUUGAAACAGACUGUUUUUAUCGUUUUAUGAUUAAAAUUUGUUUGCCAGUUAUGUAACACAGCCUAAAAAAAAUCUUUAAUUCUAAUCAAGCAAAACAACGUAAAAAAAAUCGUUGUAGUGCCAACAUGUCUCUAAUAUAUUGUUUUUACAUAUAAAACAUAUUUCUUAACAUUAAUUAAUGGGACCACAACCAUUUAAUUUAAACUGCAAGAGUUUAAAAUAAAUACAAGUAUUAAUUGAAGUAUUGUUUUAAUCAGAAAGGAGACAAUUGCAACGAGAAUCUUUAAAACAUAAUCACCUUAUAUUUAACGUAUUUUUUUGGGAUGUGAUACAUUUCUGUCUGUAUUCUUCGGUUGUGAUAUUUCAAAUUUUGAUGAUUCACGCUACACCUCUAUCUAAUCAAAGUAAAAUGGUACUUAUUUACCUUAUUGCUAAGCGCAAAUUCGUCUGCUAAUUAAUCUAUGGCAUGAGCUCUAGACGGAUUUUUUUUUCUUUAUAAAAAUCAGUAGUAUUGAAUAUUCGGCACUAAAUUGAGGGUCUUGAACUUUAGGUCCAUUUAACUUAGUCUUCAUAGUGUUUCGAUACUCGAAAACGACCUACACGUUUGCGGGCAUUCAAACGGUUAUGUUUAAUGUAAUAUGAAAUAAUUUAUACAAAAAAAAGUCUUUAGAAUUACAGAAGCCAGGUGUGACGUGAAUGCAACCCUUAUUUUGUUUACCAAUCUUUGAGCAAUUUUAAUUUAUUUCAACCUUUUAUAUGGUGGCUGGUUAAAAUAACAAAAAAUAAA